UCUUCGAUGCAAUAUGUGAUUUAUGCGGAUUUGUUAUUAAAUUAUACAAUGGAGAUACCAUACAAGAAAAUAUGUAUUUAUUUAUUGACGUUUGCAGCUUACGCGUAUACUGGUAUUGGAUCUAAUAUGCUAAGAAAUUUGAAAGAUGCUGUUCUAUCCGCAGAAUCAGUUUUUGGAGAUAUGUUUCGUAAUGUUAUUACUGUUGCCGAGAAAUUUAAAUCUUUACAUGAUGUAUUCGAUGCAGCCGUAGAAGAAGAAUGUAUAUUUACUUGUCCAGGAGGCCAAAAGCCAGUUAGAAACCGAAAUCAUAUACCAAAAUCUGAUGGAUGUGGUUCAUUGGGAUUUGAAAUAUCAUCGGAAUACUUACCAUUAAAUGAGAUGACAAAAUGCUGUGAUGCUCAUGAUAUUUGUUACGACACAUGCAACAGCGGAAAAGAAGUAUGUGACCUAGAGUUUAAGAGAUGUCUCUAUAAUUACUGCAAUUCAUAUAAAUCUGUGAACAUUGCUGGUGAGACUAUCACUAAAGGUUGUAAAGGUGCAGCUAAAUUGCUAUUUACAGGAACACUUACAUUAGGAUGUAAAUCAUAUUUGGAUGCACAGAAGAAUGCUUGUUACUGUCCAGACAAGAAUACCAAGUACAAGAAAUAUUCAGGAAAUGGUGAAUUGUAGUGUUUGUGAUUAUUGUUAGUUAAAACUAUUUAUUUGUUGUCGUACUAUCAUUUGAAGCCAAAGAAGAAGAACUAGCACAGAUGUUAGUGUUAGAAUUCAUUUCAAAUUUUGGUGUAUUGUUUUAUUAUAUUUUUAAUAUAUGUGGUGUCAUCGGUAUAUAUAUAUUCACCAUAUAUGUCCCUUGAAUCACUUUGUCUAGUCUACAUCAUUUACUAAUCUUAUGUUAUAAUUUUUUUAUUAAUUUAUUUUAUAAUCCAAAGUCCUGAACAGAUACAUUUUAAAGUAAGUGGAGUGCGUACUUUGUUAUUUUAGACAAGGAUUAUGGUGCUAUGUAGCUGCCCUUUUCAUUGGUUGAUUGAAGAAAAGUAUCUGUGCACUUUAUGUAAAGUCUAAUAUCACUAUACAGGGUAGGUUAUUGCAUUACUGCCAAACACUUAACACCACAUAGAUAAUAAACAAAAUAAAUGUGGAAUUGAUAAAUAUUAAGAUCUUAAAAAUCAUCAUACUUCAUCUAUAACUUAAAUGAGUAUACCAACUGCAUAUGUGGUCAGUAAAUGGCUUAUUUUAAAUCUCCUCUUACAUAUUCUAACACUUCUAAUUGGCUGAUUGCAAACCAAAGCACAUUGAAAUGUCACUGCCAGUAGUGUGAUUGAAAUUAUGCUGUUACACUACUGGGAAACAACUAGAUAGUAUGGAGCAGACAGUAAAGCAGUAAAGAGAAAUAAGUAGGUAUGUCAUAAAGAAAAAUCACAAAUUUCCUCUUCAUGUCAAUGAAAUAAGAGCACAUAUCAUUUUAUGUUAUCAGGUACAUUAUUGGUACAAACUGUUGAUUAUCUAUAUAUAUAAAAAUGAAUUGCUGUUCGUUAGUCUCGCUAAAACUCGAGAACGGCUGAACUGAUUUGACUAAUUUUGGUCUUGAAUUACU